UACCGCCGUGUGCACCGCCACUUUCCAUUCCAAAGUGCCUGCCACCUCGCUCCAAAGAGCACAGCUACGUGCGUACGUCCGACGUGCAAGACAGCAAGAGAAACAAAGACCCGUACGUUUGAUUCAUCCCUCGAUCCAGGCCAGCAGCUAGACGACCAUGGCGGUGGCGGCGGCAACAACGGCGACGACGACGACGGCGAGCAGGGGCCCGACGCGCGCGCUGACCAUCCUAGGGCGGUGCGUGCGCGCGCCGUUCCGCGUGCUGGUCCGCGCGCGGGACCUGUACGUGAGCCGACUGGCGGCGUGCGCGGGCGGAGGGGGCCGGGGAGGCCUGGGCCCGGUGGGGCUGGUGGCGAUGCCGCGGAGCCAGAGCCACGGGUUCUACCGCUCGGCGGCGGGCGGCGGCACCGAGGAGGACGUGCGGGAGCUCAUCAGGAUGGCCACCCGCGCCGGCCCACCCAAGGCUCCGCGGAGCCAGAGCGUGGCCAUCGGACGGAUCGACGAGGACAGCCCGUGCGAGUUCGUGCUGGACGAGGCCGAGAGGGCGCAGGCGCUGAUGGGGCCCCGGAGCAAGAGCUGCGCAGUGGGGCCGUCGGCCAGGACCGCGGCUCGCACUCGCACUCGCAGGGCUGCUGGCGUCGCCGUCCCGGCGGCGGCUUGAGCUCAAGUUCAGCGCCGGCCGGCGUUGCGUUGCACUGU